CAAUAUAGUAUCCACCAACCCACUAGUAGCCUUUUAGCCCACUCUCUCCUACUCUAAUGGAAUCCUUAUAUUUCUGAACUUUCUGCUACACAAAAAAAAAUCACUGCCCAUUUCUCAUUUGGGCAAAAAAAAAUCACCCAUCUUUCUAAUUCUCUCUGUUUUUGCAAAAAGAUCAAAUCUUUAUCAAUGGAGCGCGCAAGAAAGGUUGCUGGAAGAGCACUUUUGCGGCGGUUGCACCACCACCACCGCCCCAACAACCACCACAACAAGGUGGUUGAUUCAAUCUCCUCUGCAAGGUAUGUUUCAACAAUGGCUCCACCACCUCCUCCUUCAUCUUCUUCUAGAUUCUUCUCGAAGAACAAUGAAUUAGGAAAUGUGGGGUUUGGGAGAUUACCUCAAACUCGAUCUAUUUCUGUAGAAGCAUUGAAACCCAAUGAUAGUUUUGCUAGGAGACAUAAUUCAAUAACCCCAGAUGAAGAAAUUAAAAUGGCUAAAUUUUGUGGGUUUGAUAAUACUGAUGCUUUAAUUGAUGCAACUGUGCCUAAAUCAAUAAGGAUCCAAUCAAUGAAGUAUUCAAAAUUUGAUGAGGGUUUAACUGAGUCUCAAAUGAUUGAUCAUAUGAAGGAUUUGGCAUCAAAGAAUAAGAUUUUUAAGUCAUUUAUUGGGAUGGGGUAUUAUGAUACAUUUGUACCACCUGUGAUUUUGAGGAAUAUAAUGGAAAAUCCUGCUUGGUAUACUCAGUAUACACCUUAUCAAGCUGAGAUUUCUCAGGGUCGGUUAGAGUCAUUGUUGAACUAUCAAACUAUGGUUACUGAUCUUACUGGUUUGCCUAUGUCGAAUGCCUCAUUGCUUGAUGAGGGUACGGCUGCAGCCGAGGCGAUGGCUAUGUGUAACAAUAUAUUGAAAGGGAAGAGGAAAACAUUUAUCAUUGCUAAUAACUGUCAUCCACAGACUAUUGAUAUCUGUAAGACUCGAGCUGAUGGUUUCGAGCUUAAGGUCGUGACAGCGGAUCUUAAGGAUAUUGAUUACUCGUCUGGGGAUGUUUGUGGUGUGCUUGUGCAGUAUCCUGGUACUGAGGGGGAGGUUUUGGACUAUGGGGAGUUUGUUAAGAAAGCGCAUGCUAGUGGGGUUAAGGUGGUUAUGGCUACUGAUCUUUUGGCUUUGACAAUGUUGAAGCCACCAGGUGAAUUGGGGGCUGAUAUUGUUGUUGGGUCAGCUCAGAGAUUUGGAGUGCCUAUGGGUUAUGGAGGUCCUCAUGCUGCUUUCUUGGCCACCUCUCAAGAGUACAAGAGGUUGAUGCCAGGAAGAAUUAUCGGUGUUAGUGUUGAUUCGUCUGGCAAGUCUGCUCUUCGUAUGGCAAUGCAGACAAGGGAGCAACACAUUAGGAGAGACAAGGCUACUAGCAACAUCUGUACUGCUCAGGCUUUGCUGGCCAACAUGGCUGCUAUGUAUUGUGUCUAUCAUGGACCUGAAGGCCUUAAAACUAUUGCCCAAAGGGUGCAUGGUCUUGCUGGCACAUUAGCAGCUGGGUUGAAAAAACUUGGGACAGUAGAAGUUCAGGGACUGCCUUUCUUUGACACAGUAAAGAUCAAGUGUGCUGAUGCCAAAGCACUUGCUGAUGAAGCUUGUAAGCAUGAGAUGAAUUUGCGUGUUGUGGACAACAACACGGUCACUGUUGCUUUUGAUGAAACAACAACUUUGGAAGACGUUGAUAAACUUUUCAAAGUUUUUGCUGGUGGCAAGGCUGUACCUUUUACUGCUGCAUCUAUUGCUCCAGAAGUGGAGAAUGCAAUCCCUGCUAACCUUGUGAGGGAGAGCCCAUAUUUGACUCACCCAAUCUUUAACUCAUACCACACGGAGCAUGAGCUACUGAGAUACCUUUAUAAAUUACAGUCAAAGGAUCUGUCACUAUGCCACAGUAUGAUUCCACUGGGAUCUUGUACAAUGAAGUUGAAUGCCACAACUGAAAUGAUGCCAGUUACAUGGCCUGAAUUCGCAAGUAUACAUCCUUUUGCCCCAACAGAACAGGCUCAAGGAUAUCAGGAAAUGUUCCAAAAUUUGGGUGAUUUACUGUGCACCAUUACUGGAUUCGACUCUUUCUCUCUGCAACCUAAUGCUGGUGCGUCUGGAGAGUAUGCAGGGUUGAUGGUUAUCCGAGCUUACCAUAUGUCCAGGGGAGAUCAUCAUCGUAAUGUGUGCAUCAUACCUGUCUCUGCUCAUGGAACAAAUCCUGCAAGUGCAGCUAUGUGUGGUAUGAAAAUUGUCUCUGUUGGAACUGAUGCUAAGGGAAAUAUUAACAUUGAAGAAGUGAGAAAGGCUGCUGAAAAACACAAGGACAAUUUGUCUGCCCUUAUGGUCACAUAUCCUUCAACUCAUGGUGUCUACGAAGAAGGAAUUGAUGAGAUCUGCAAGAUAAUUCACGACAAUGGAGGUCAAGUAUACAUGGAUGGUGCCAACAUGAAUGCACAGGUUGGUCUCACAAGCCCAGGAUUCAUUGGAGCAGAUGUUUGUCAUCUCAACCUACACAAAACAUUUUGCAUUCCUCAUGGUGGAGGUGGUCCUGGUAUGGGCCCCAUUGGUGUAAAGAAACACUUGGCACCAUUUUUGCCAUCGCACCCUGUGGUUGGCACUGGUGGAAUUCCUGCCCCAGAGAAAUUAGAGCCGCUAGGUACCAUCUCUGCUGCGCCCUGGGGAUCUGCUCUAAUUUUACCAAUUUCAUACACAUAUAUUGCUAUGAUGGGAUCAAAUGGCAUAACUGAAGCAUCUAAGCAAGCUAUCCUGAAUGCAAACUACAUGGCAAAGCGUUUGGAGAACCAUUAUCCAGUCCUUUUCCGUGGUGUCAAUGGAACAUGUGCUCACGAAUUUAUCAUUGAUUUGAGAGGCUUCAAGAACACUGCUGGUAUAGAGGCUGAGGAUGUUGCCAAGCGUCUAAUUGACUAUGGAUUCCAUGGUCCUACAAUGUCAUGGCCAGUUCCUGGCACACUCAUGAUUGAACCCACUGAAAGUGAAAGCAAGGCAGAAUUAGACAGGUUCUGUGAUGCACUAAUUUCCAUUAGAGAAGAAAUUGCUGAGAUUGAGAAUGGAAAAGCUGAUGUCCACAACAAUGUCCUCAAGGGAGCACCACACCCACCCUCCAUGCUCAUGGCAGACUCGUGGACCAAGCCAUACACUCGGGAUUAUGCUGCAUACCCUGCUGAAUGGCUGCGCGCUGCCAAGUUUUGGCCAACUACUGCGCGUGUGGACAAUGUGUAUGGUGAUCGGAACUUGGUCUGCACUCUUCUCCCAGCAAAUCACUAUGAAGAAGAGAAGGCUGCUACUGCUUAAACCCUUCAACCUUCUGGCUUAGUUGCCGAAGAUUUCAUUCUUACAUAGUGUUGUUGUAUAUACAAUACAUUCUCCCAUUCGAAGUGUGAGGUGGUUAGCCUUCUUAUAGGCGCUCUCAUAUACUCAUUUCAUCUGUAGGGAUACAUUCCCUCCCUCCCUCCCUCCCUCUCUCUCUCUCUCUCUCUCUCCCCCUCUCUUCUUAAAGAAAAUGAAGAAAAAAGGAACCUCUUUCUUAUGUUCUUCUUUAUAGUUCAGUAACUUCUUACAUUUUCUCUUUUUCGCUUUCUCCCAAGGGUCCAUGUAUACAUAUAGAAUUAUGAAAAUGGUGAGAACAUGAGAAAUUGAAAAUGGAGGAAGUUUUACUACUCAAUUUCGCAAAAAA